AUGGCAGGGUCACAGCCAAACGGCACAUACACCGCCGCGGGCCGCAGACCCAGGCACAUCAUCAUCGUAGGCGGUUCGCUCGGAGGCCUCUUCACGGGCGUGGCACUCAAGCAGCAUGGCUAUGACACGACAAUCCUGGAGCGCAACCCGACCAAUCUACUAGAGAACCAAGGCGCUGGUAUUGUCGCGGGCGGCGAUACCCUCGCCUUCUUCGAGCGUUACGACCGCUGCAAGCGGCCCGUGGCUGUGACAUCCCAGAAGCGAAUGUACCUUGACCAGUCGGGCGAGGUCGUCCACGAGGAGGUCAUGAAGCAGACCAUGACAAGUUGGGACUUGUGCUAUUACAUGCUCCGCGCCAACUAUGACCACCAGCAGAGCGGGUACUGCAAGGUGCCCGGACCCCAGCCCGGCGACGGCAAGAUCGAUUAUAGGUACGGCUGUACAGUGACGGGUUUUCAGGAAGAAGGCGAUCAAAUAAGGGUGUUUUACGACAAGACCGACGGCGGAAAGGAGUCUGUCGUGGGGGACAUGCUCGUCGGCGCGGAUGGGCCGAGUUCGAGCGUCCGGAAGAUAUUGUGUCCCGAAGUCGAGCGAAAAUAUGCGGGUUACUGCGUGAUAAGGGGCACAGUGCCUGAGAACGAAGCGUCUGAGGAAGCCAGGAAGGCGUUCGUGGAGAGGUUCACUUUCUUCCACGCUCCAGGAAUACAAAACCUAACUUACACCAUACCUGGGAUUGACGGCGCAAUGGAGCCAGGAAAGCGGCUGCUGAAUUUCGUCUGGUACACGAACUUUCCUGAAGGCGAGGAGGAGCUUGAAAAGGUCAUGACCGAUAAGGAUGGUAAGAGGAGGCGACUGACCAUCCCGCCCGGGACGAUGCGACCAGAGGCUUGGGAGAUGGUCAAACAACGUGGGCGAGACCGUCUCCCACCGCAGAUGUCCGAAAUGGUCGAGAAGACCAAGCAGCCCUUUGUGCAGUGCAUCACUGACGUGAUCACCCCCACCAAUGACUUCUACGGUGGUAAGGUUGUGCUUAUUGGAGAUGCACUCGCCGGGUUCAGGCCGCACACAGUCGCUAGCACAAGCCAAGCGGCGUUCGACGUCCUCAUGCUGGUAGAGUAUCUUGAGACGGGCGAUCAUGCGGAGUUCGUGCGAAGGACCAUGGAGUAUGCACGCUUGAUCCAGAAAAGGGGUAUGAACAUUGGGGACAGAAGCCAGUUCGAGAAGCUCCCGUUGAGAGAAUACGUCGAGGACCGGAAUAUGAUGUCGAUAAAGAGGGAAGACCUGGAAUUCCCGGAAUGGACGCAAGUUAGAGUAUAG